AUGUACCGCCAUUCAUCAGAAAAGUACGGAAAAGAAAUUGGCCCUUUGAGAAUUCGUCUUGUCAUGUUGCAAAAUUCAAUUUAUAUCUCUAUAGGUGUUGGUCUUCUGACCAACACCGUUGUCAGCAGUGUUUUUGACACCAAGAACUUUGCUAAAGAGAACAUCAUUACCCGCGAUGUCGCUGUAGUUGGCGGUGGCGCGUCAGGAACAUAUGCUGCAAUCAACCUCCGCGAGCUGGGAACGAGUGUUGUGGUAGUUGAGAAGGAAAAUGUUCUGGGUGGUCAUACAAAUACCUACACCGAUCCUACAACGGGCAUUACUGUCGAUUAUGGCGUGCAGGCCUACUUGAACAGCACCAUCACGCUCGAUUUUUUCGCCCAUUUUAAUGUUCCUGUCGUUGGUUACUCCGCCUCUCCCGUGAGCAUUGAGCCGGCGGAUUUCAAGACUGGGGAAACGGUUAAAUUUAACCCCAGUGAGGAUCUUAAACCAUGGGCUCAACAGUUGGCCAAGUAUCCCUGGUUAGAUGCUACAUGGGACAUUCCACAGCCGGUUCCUGCAGACCUCUUGUUGCCAUUCGGGGAAUUCAUCGUCAAAUACAACCUCACAAACCUUGCAUAUUACAUUUAUUUCAGUGCUUCAGGCUUGUCAAACCCUCUGCAAGAGUUGACAAUUAAUGUGAUGAAGAUGGUGGACCAGGCUUACGUCGAUGAAUCGAAAGGUGGGGGACUGGGCACGGCAAACCAUGACAACAGCGAAAUAUAUGUCAAGGCCUUGGCUGAGCUUGGCUCUAGCGCCCUCCUCUCCUCUACUGUGAUAGCUACUUCACGAUUAGUGAACAAUUCAGGUGUGAGACUGGUUGUGAAAACCCCGUCGGGCUGCAAACUCAUCGAGGCAAAGAAACUUCUCAUCACCAUUCCUCCGACCUUGGGCAAUAUGAAGCCCUUUGCCCUGAACGUUCAGGAAACCAACAUUUUCUCACAAUUUACCUACAUGGGAUACUACACCAUUCUACUUAACAACACCGGCUUGCCCUCUGGGUACGAAUGGAUCAAUGCGAAUGAUUCAUCCAGCACCUAUAAUAUCCCUGACCUACCCGGCGCCUGCCAGAUAAUUGAAACCCGCAUAUCUGGAAUGUUCUAUGCCUGGUAUCGCAGCCCAUUAAACAUGACCCAGCAGGAGGUAGAGGCAUCGACCAUCGCCGCUAUCCAGAACCUGCAGAAGGCCGGGAACUACACAGCCACUACUCCUACGGUCGUCGAGUACCGAUCGCACACCCCGUUCAAGCUAAGGGUUUCGGCCGAGGCUAUUAGCAAUGGGUUCUACGAGGAACUGUAUGCGUUACAAGGGAAACGUAGCACAUGGUAUACUGGUGCAGCUAUGGUUUCUCAUAAUGCGGGAGUUAUUUGGAACUUUACUCAUGCUCUGUUGCCUGAUCUGGUGGGUUGA